AUGAUCGAUACCUCCGGUGGCUCGUAUCAGGCGGUCGUAUGCGAAGAGCUGAAGAAGCCUCUGGUUAUGAAAGAUUUAUCUCGUCAGCCAUUGCAAAAUAGCGAGGUGAGAAUAAAAGUCGAAUAUUGUGGCAUCAAUUAUGCAGAUAUUCUAAAAUCGAUGGGACUAUAUCAAGAACGUCCUGAACUACCUUUUGUUCCAGGAUGUGAACCUGCAGGAACUAUCAUAGAAGUUGGACGAGAUGUAACCGGAUAUCAAAUCGGAGAUAGGGUUAUCGCUCCGAUGCACUUAGGAGGAUAUGCGGACGAGUGUGUUAACUAUACUAAGUCGGUAUGGAAAUUACCCGAUAACGUCAGCUUACAAGAUGCAACCGCAGGCUUAGUGUCAUAUGGAACUGCUCAUAUGGCAUUAAUAGCUAAAGCUAGUACUCAAAUAGGAGAAACAGUGCUAGUUUCUGGAGCAGCUGGUAGUGUCGGACUAGCCGCUGUAGACAUUGCUGCUAAUGUAAUCGGAGCUAAAGUCAUCGCUAUAGUUGGAGAUGAUGAAAAGAUCGAGCUGGUUAAGGAUAGAGGUGCUACCUAUGUAAUUAAUCACCGAAAGCAGGACGUAAGAAAAGAGAUUUUAGCAAUAACCGAUAAGAGAGGCAUAAACGUUAUGAUCGAUAACGUAGGAGGUGAUAUGUUCAAGAUCGGAUUACGCAGUAUUGCAAUGGACGGUAGAAUUGUCCCUAUAGGAUUUGCAUCCGGUCAAAUCCCAAGUAGCAAUUAUGAACUUUUUGAUCACGAAAAAUUUUCCGAAUCUGUAACGACGAUUUUACAAUUGUGCUCUGAGAAGAAGAUUCGGCCUCACUACUCUAAAGUGUUUCCUUAUAAUAAGGUUCCUUCCAUUGAUGAUAAUCAUCAUGAAUUACGAAACUUCUAA